CUGGGUAACAUCUGUGAACUAACUGUACUAAUUGUCUCUUAUUUUAUUAUCAAUAAAGAAUUUAUAAAGCAAACUUAAAAAUAAGUAUGAACUAAAAAAAUGCCAACUUUUGCCAAAAAUGCAGAGAGGAAUGCUUAUAAAAGCAGUCUUUUGGACAAGAAUAAAUCUAAUAAGCUGGCUUAUAAUAAGCUUUUUUCAUACUCAAAUCAUGCUAUAUUUUUUCUCGUCCUAUAUAGAUUUGUAGGUAAAGCAACAACAAUCACACCUGACCUAGUCCUGGGAAGACAGAACAUGGCCUCUUUCAAAGAUCAUGAGUGCUUUCUUCCAGCUUUUCUGCACUCACUGGGACUUGCAGAGUAUUAUCCAAACAAACUUUCUCUUAGAUCCUUGCAGGAGCUCAACAAAGAGAGUCUGUCUGAUGCAGCAGAGGUUGAAUCACUGGAAGCAAAACCAUGGGCUUUUCUAAGGAAUCUACUGAUGUCUAACACAAAGUCAAGGACUUUAGACUGUACCUUUGAAGAUGAGGAAACAGAAGAUACAGAUUCUGAGAGUGACACAAACAGUUCUAAUAUCUUGGAUCUCAUUGUUGCUCUCUUUGUCUGUGCAGACAGUUUCCUCCAGCAGGAAAUGACCCUUAAAAUGUCUCUGUGCCAGUUUGCAGUGCCCUUUCUGUUACCCAGUGAUACACAGAACCAGUGCACUCUUAUGUUGUGGGCACUGAGAGGUAUCAUGAAAGAGUGGCGUCCCCAUUCGCUGUCUGAAGAUAAAGGGUUUGUUGAAGAGAAUGUAGUUUCUGCGCAAAUACCUCUGGUAUCAUUUGUAAGAUUAAGAAACUGUAGCUUGUCAAAGUCUCAAGUUAUGAAUCACUUGCUUAGUAAGUCCCAACAGCACCACGAUUUCUUUUGCCACAGAGAUAUGAACGGAGGAAGUUGCCCCAGGAAGAUUGCUAAUGGUAUGGUUGAAAUGUGCUGGUAUCUUCCCUGUGGAAACAUGAGCAUUGAUCUUUUCCCUGAUGCAGUGGCUUUUGCUAAUCUGAGAGGAGAUGUUUGUGCUUUUGAAACACAGUUUGCUUUUCUUGCAAAAGUGUCACAUGCAAUUUUUGUGUUUCUGGACAAAUUUGAAGAGAAUGAGCAAAAGAUGUUUGUCACUUCACAGAAAAUGAAUUCAAAACUAUUCUUUGUUGCAAAUUUUCAAAGAGACUCAAAUCCAGAUGCAAAGUCUUCUGUUGAAGCAGUAAUUGCUGAUCUGAACUUAAACAGAGAAAAUCUAAUUCGGAAAAGUCAGAAGGUGAACAUGGCAAGGCUUGUAGACAAGAUCUGUUCAACCAUUAAGAAGUCUCUCAGUGAGCACUCUGCAUCACAACACAUUGAGUCCAUGGCAAAGAUUGCUCCUGAAUUAGGAAUAUCUGUGGAUGAACUUACCUGCAAACCCUCUCUGUCAGCAGAAGAAGCAGCACAGAGGAUUGUGAAAGGAAUUGGAGUUCAUAAAAUUCAGGUAUACAAGAAAAAACAGCUGCCACUUCAGGGUGAAAACUGGGAAAAAAUAUCUAAGUUAGAAAAAGAGAAAUGCAGAUUAAUCACUGCGGGAAAUUCAAAGCUGGAGGAAUACAAAGAACAACUUCAACAAGACAAAGAACGCAUUCUGAAGACACAAAGUCAGUACAAGCUCACAGAAGCAAUGUCAGAGUUCUUAAAGGCCAUGAUUUCUAAAGACUACACUGAGAGAGCCUUUUUUCUCAAAUGGAUGGGACACAAGCUGUAUAUGGUGUCAAGAGAAGACCUGUCAUCUCUUCAACAAGAUUUAAAUGAAAAAUGCCAGUUAAAAGACAGUGAAUCCAUCGCCAAAAUAGACCAGAAACUUCUGGAUUGUUCUCUUGGCUUAGAACAUUACAUGAGGGAGAUGGGACAUAUUUAUGAGGCCUCACUUGGUUCAGGAAACAAAAUGCAUGAACUUCCCACUCUAGCUGCUGAACUGCUUCAUGCAGGGUUUCCUCUAGAGCUCCUUGAUGGAGAUGCAUCCAACAUCCCUGAGAAAUGGAUAAAUGAUGUUCUGAUGGAGCUUCACGAGAUGGUUGGACAGAAGAGUCGCCUACUGGUCCUGACAGUGUUAGGAGUUCAAAGCACAGGUAAAUCAACACUGCUCAACACUAUGUUUGGAGUUCAGUUUGCAGUUAGCAGUGGUCGAUGCACACGAGGGGCAUACAUGCUCUUGCUUCCAGUGGGAGAGGACCUCAGGACAGAGCUGUCAUGUGACUUUAUCUUGUUAAUUGAUACAGAGGGUCUGAAAUCACCGGAUCUGGCCCAACUGGAUAACAGUUAUGAACAUGACAAUGAACUAGCCACAUUUGUGAUUGGCCUGAGUGAUGUAACCAUCAUCAACGUUGCAAUGGAGAAUUUCAAUGAGAUGAAAGACAUUAUACAGAUAGUAGUGCAUGCUUUUUUACGGAUGAGUCACAUUGGUAAAAAACCAAUCUGUCACUUUGUUCACCAAAAUGUUGCUGGUGUCUCAGCACACAACAAAUUAAGUGCAGACAGAGAACAUCUCCUAGAUCACUUAAAUGAAAUGACAGAAAUGGCAGCUACAAUGGAGAAGAAAACAAAUAUCAGCAAAUUCACUGAGAUUUUGGAUUAUGACCUGGAUCUGAAUAACUGGUAUAUACCAGGUUUAUGGCACGGCACUCCACCAAUGGCAUCUGUUAACACAGGCUACAGUGCUGAGGUUUUUGACUUCAAGAAAAAGAUGAUAAACCAUCUGAAAGAAAGAAAUGGGGACGCAUUCUUUGACAUCCCACAGUUCCUGGAGUGGAUGAGCAGCAUGUGGAGGGCUGUAAAGUUUGAGAAUUUCAUUUUUAGCUUCCAAAACCCCCUUGUUGCCCAGGCCUAUGACAAUCUUUCCAAAGAGUUUUCAGAAUGGGAGUGGUCUUUUAAACGACACAUCUACAGUUGGCUUGACAGUGCAACAGUACAAAUAUCAAACACAGAAAUCAGCUGCCCAGAAACACUGGAAGCGGUUGUUGCAACCCUUCAACAGGAUGCACAGAAAGAGAUUUCCUCCCAGGAGAAGCAAAUGCAGGAAAAAUUGGAACUAUACUACAAAAGGAAAGACCAACAUGUGAACUUGGUGGAGAGGUACAAAACUGACUUCAUAAGGAGCAUCAACAGCGUUCGGGUUGAAGUAAAACAUUUGGUGAUUAACCAAUUGGAUGCUGCCCAUCAGCUAAGAAAAAACAUAGCAAAAGUGGAAGAUCUUCAUAGACAACAAACUAUUAUAAUAGAGAACAAAGUCUUGGAGAUGCUGAAAACUUUCAAAGAUAGAAAACAUGAACUGUCUGAUAAGGAGCUUGAGGCUGGCUUUGAGAGCAUGUGGAACAAAACCUUAGUGAACAUCUCAGGCUUAAAAGAGAGGGACAUUCCUUCUGAUAUAUUAAAACAAUUAUGGCAAAAUUUUGGCAAUGCUCCAGUCACUGAACUAAUGAAGGAUGUUAAAGAUUUAACAAACUAUGGAUGUGAUGAAUUCGUGGUUGAUGCAAGACAUUUCGAAACACGUAACAAAAUUAAAGACAAAAUUGUUUAUUUUUUUAUUAAACCAAAUGUGAAAAGAGCAGCAAACAGUGCGAUUCAGAAUUGCACUACAAUGAUUGAAGAAUUUGCAGCAUCCAAAAGUGAUUACCACAGUCUUUUAACUAAACAACUUAUUGAGAAAAUUGAUAAUUAUAUCCAAACAGUAAAUUCCAAAACCAACAGGGCAUUUGAGGUUGACCUGAAGCUUCACAUUUGUGGCAUUGCAUCUAGGAAAUUCCUUGAGAUGCACAGAAGGUUCCUUGCUGAAAAAGAUCCCCUAAAACAUUUGGAGGCACUGAAGAGUCAGUUUCUAUCUGAAUUUAUUGAUUUGUACAGGAGUAAAGAUCGGUGUCAGAGGAAAGCUCGAAACUUCACCCAGUUCUGCCUAAAACCAGCCAUGACGAAGUAUAUCAACCAAUCCAUUGGAAUUGAUAUAGUUGAUGCAAUUUUAAACAGCAAUCAUUCAACUGAGUAUAGCUCACGUUCUUACUUUCAGUACAACAUCCUGAAGGAGCUUCUGGAAAAAGAGAAAUUCUGUGGAUUUUUAAAAUAUAUAGACAAUUAUGAAAACUUUGUCAAACAGUGGAUAAACAAGCAUGUCAUUCAGAGCUUUUCAAAAGACAUAUCUCUAUCCAAAUUAAAAAGAAAGAAGCUGGGAUUCAUAUUUGAAAAGAUUGAAGAAGCUGUGGAAGUUUCUCAGUAUGGAGAAGAUGGGAAUCCUUUGCCCAAUAAUGCUGAAAGCACCACAGUGUUGAUUCAGAAUCUUUGCAAAGCUCUCAGCAAAGUCAUCACGCUGCCCAUGGUUGCAGUGGACAGGAUCCAUUUUCAGAACACAAGUUUGUGCACUCCAUUCACCAACAAUCUCAAAGAGUGUUUGAAAGACUUAAAGAAGCAACUAGAAGAGGAGAUAGACAGAUCAUCUGAUAUCUCUGAAACACUGGAAUAUGUCACAGUCAAACCCCAUAAUGAGCUCUUCAGAAGAGUGUUUGGAUGUGGGAAGCAGUGUCCUUUCUGCAAAGUUCCAUGUGAAGCAGGAGGAAAAGACCAUAAGGACCAUCAUGCAGCUGUGCAUCGACCACAGGGACUCGGUUCAUAUAGAUCUUUUAUAACUAAUAUCCUUGGUGAGGAGAUUUGUACAUCCAGUGUACAUGGAAAUGGCCACUUUCUAAAUGAUGACACCAAUUAUGAAUUUCAUCCUUUCAAAGAUUACCGCACCUACUACCCAGACUGGCUCAUUCCACCAGACAGAACAGUAGAGGCCUCAGACUACUGGAAGUACGUGCUUGUGACGUACAAUGAGGAGUUUGCUGAAGAAUAUAAAGCAAAGCCUGCUGUAUAUCCCAGUGCAUGGAACAACAUUGAUAAAGCUCAGGCCCUUGAGGGCCUAAAAUUAGCCUUCAGAAUUAAAUGAAAAUGAUUUAAAAGUUGGCCAGAUAGUAGUACAGUACUUUUUUCAUUUACUUUUUUGGUUUGUGAUUAUAUUGAAUUAAUCAUUGAUUUAUUUAACCCUAUUUAAUCUUAAGUGAUUUAGCUAAUAAGGAAAUGUGUGUACAGAGUGAUAGAGACUGCACUGUAAGUACUGUUUAAGAACAUACAUAAGGCAUAGUGCAGAGAGUUAUGUUUUAUAUGAGUUUACUUUUUGUUUUUGUUAUGUGUACUAUGGUGAUAUAUGUAAAGGUAUUAACCAAAAAAAAUGUAUCAGAUAUGAACAACAUUAUGGAAUCAAUGCAAUAAGAUGUCUGUCAGGAAAACUAAAUAUGAAUCACAUUUUUUUUGGAGCGACAAAAUGAGAUGAGUCAUGUGAGUUAAUGCAAUACAAACACUAUAUAUUGUACUUUGUUAACUGAAUAAUAGUAAUGAUCUUUGGUAUUUGUCAUCAGUUUUCUUGUAAAUAACACUUGUCUACCGUGAUUGACAAUAAAUAUUUUUUAAAUCAGAAAAUAAAUCAUAUAAAGUGC